GCCCGUCUCGGACUUAACCCAACGGGCUGCGCCGCUGCGGAGGUAGCGUUCGCUGACUUUAGCUUGCUUGGGACAGGCAAGAUUAGAAAUCCAGAGAAUUCACCUUUUCGUGUGAACAAGUUAUAUCAAGUCUCCUCCUCACCUUGUUUCGCUGUUUGGUGUUCCCAUCCAAUCCUUCUUUUUUUGUUCCCCCAUACCCCGCACGUUCGUGAAAGGCAAACCUCGAGCGGCCAGCACCACAAAUUCUUCCCAAUGACGGUCCAGGAGCCUCAAGAUUCCGGCGGUGGUCAACCUCCCGCAGCAGAGGCUUUGGAUAAUGACAAGACCCGGCAUGCCAAUUCCACUGCAGGCAAAAGCCUCGAGGAUGUUACAACCAAGAUCAAGCGGGAAGAAGUCGUCUUUGUCCUGCGCACGCCCGGGGAUAAAACCAGCGGGUAUCUGACCUACUCCCUCGCCGAAGGUUCAACAUCUGACGGAGAGAAACCCUUCGACUUCAAGAUUGUGCAAUGUGAACAGCACCAGCUCCCGGAGGAUCUAUCAGGCUUUGUCCUUAACCAGGGCAGCCUCCCGCCAGCUCAUCUGAGCCCACCGCAUGAGGUGCAUGUCGUGGUAUCAACCCAUUCGGGGCUUCAACUGGGACAGGGCUUUUACCAGACCGUGCUGCGCCCAUUGUUAGGGGCUGUCGGUCUAGAGCCGAGAGAGGCCCAGGAUGGAGGAGGGUACCAAGUAACCGUGACGGAGAGCGCAGACACCAUCCGGGACUUUGCGCAGAAGCUUGGGAGAAAUAACAAGGCGGCAGCGAAAACCGUCAUCCUACUGUCCGGCGACGGAGGCGUGACCGAUUUCCUGAACGGCCAGGACCGCAGCCCCCCACCGCCAAACAACUCCCUCCUCCCAACCAUCGCGUUGCUCCCCCUAGGCACAGGCAACGCCCUCUUCCACUCGCUCCACAAACCCCUCUACACCACCACCACCACCGACAGCAGCAACCCCGCCCCCUCGCCCCUCGUCCUCAGCCUACGCACCCUCUUCCAGGGCACGCCCUCGCCACUCCCCACCUUCUGCGCAUCCUUCUCCCUCGGCGCGAAGCUGAUCUCCGCCCCAACCGAGGCCGACGACGACGCCGCAACCAACCCUACCCCCGAUACCAUCCCCUCGAACACUCCAGGCAACACUACCGACAACACCACCACCGAUACCACCCCCUCACAAACCCCAAACCCCCCAGAAGCCCCAACCGCAAUCCCAACAGACGCACCCACCACCCCCAAGACGCCAGUCACGCACCUGAUCGGCGCCGUCGUCGCGUCCUACGGCUUCCACGCCAGCCUGGUGUGGGAGAGCGACACGCCGGCGUACCGCGUGCACGGCGCUAAGCGCUUCGCCAUGGCGGCGGGGGGGCUGCUUAAGCUGGGGCAUGUUUAUGAGGUGGGGGUUGAUGUUGUUCGGUCUACUGACUCUACUCAGAGUGAGUUUGUGGGGCUUGCGCCGGGGGGUUGGAAGGGAGUUGGGGGCGAGGGGGGUGAGGGUGGUGAGGGUGAGGGUGAAGGGAGUGAUGGUAAGGGUGAAGGGGGUGAGGGUAAAAAGGGCAAAGGAUUCAACUACGUCCUCGCAACACUCGUGUCGAACCUCGAAAAGACGUUUGCCAUCUCCCCCGAGAGCCAACCACUAGACGGGCGGCUGCGGCUGGUGCAUUUUGGGGAUGUCGGCGGGGCCAAGACGAUGGAGAUUAUGAUGGCUGCGUACCGCGAGGGGGAGCACGUCGGGAUGCCCGAGGUGGGGUACGAGGAUGUGGAAGAGUUGAGGGUGACGGUUGCGGAGGAGGAUCCGAGGUGGCGCAAGGUUUGUGUUGAUGGGAGUAUUGUCGAGUUGGAGAAGGGCGGGUGGAUGAGGGUUAAGAGGGAACAGAGGGAGAGGGUGAGGGUUUUGGUUGACGCGGGCAUUGCACACUGAUGAGAUUCACUGAAUUGAUAUACAGGUUCUAG